GUGGCAGUCAUCCUUGAGAAUGCCCGAGCUGCUAUCUCCACCGACUGGCAGCAUCUCAUUUCUCCCUUGCGCCUAGUGGUGAGGAUUCAGCAUCCAUUGAUCAGAUCGCUUGCGGGCGUCGGCGCUGCAGCAAGGGCCAGGAGGGACCGAAGAUAAAAUCUUACUGUUCCAGAAAGCAAGGCCGCUGCGCAUUUGAGGACAAUCUCCGUGGCCAGAGAACGGAAGGUCGGAUUGGAGGACAGGAUAUUGAAGGGGCGGUGCAUUUGUACGAGCUGUUUGUCAGUCAGCACUUUCUUGCCACUUAAGCCAACAUAAGCGGAGUAGGAAAGUGAGAAGUGAGAAAAAUGGAGAUCAACCAGGAGCAGCGCCUCACCUACAAGCGGCAGUUCAUUGACUUCUUGGAUGAUGAAAGAGCGCAAUCGAAGUACAAGGAGAAGAUCGACCUUAUGAUCACCAACAACAGCACUCGGUUGCUGAUCGACGUGCAUGACCUCCGUAGCCACAACAUCGAUCUUACCAGGAGGCUGCUGCAGCACCCCAGCGACUACAUCCAGCCCCUGGAGGAGGCGCUCGCUGACAUCAUCGACAAGCGCAAUUGGGACCCCAAGACGGAUGGGAAGCAUAUCCAAGCAGUGCAAGAUGCGGGCGGGUCAUGGCAUAUCGGAUUCGAGGGGCCGUUUGGCAGCUAUCAUGUGACACCGCGCAACUUGCUGAGCAACCUGCUGGGGUCAAUGGUCAAGGUGGAGGGCAUUGUGACCAAAUGCUCGCUGGUGCGGCCUAAGGUGGUGAAGAGCGCGCACUACUGCCCGGCCACAAAGGACUUUGUGUUCCGCGAGUACCGCGACGUCACCUCCAGCAGCGGGAUGCCCACUGGGGCCACGUACCCCACCAGGGAUGACGCCGGAAAUCUGCUCGAGACUGAGUUUGGCCUUUGCAAGUACAAGGACCACCAGACUGUGUCCAUUCAGGAGAUGCCUGAGAACUCGCCCCCAGGGCAGAUCCCCCGCUCGAUUGACGUGAUCGUGGAGGAUGACUUGGUGGAUCAGUGCAAGCCUGGGGACCGGAUCCAGAUUAUUGGAGCGUACAAGGCGAUUCCGGUCAGCGGGAAGGGCAACAUGAGCGGGGUGUUCAGGACGGUAGUGAUUGGCAACAAUCUGGUGCACCUCCGGCGCGCGAUGACCAUGGCGGAGACGACCAAGGAGGACCGGGACGACUUCAAAAAGCUCGUAACGCGGCCGGAUCUGUUUCAGCUGCUGGGCGAGUCACUGGCGCCGUCCAUCUGCGGCCACGACUGGAUCAAGAAAGCGGCCGUAUUGUUGCUCGUGGGGGGCAUGGAAAAAAACCUCGACAACGGGGCGCACAUCAGGGGUGACAUCAACAUGAUGAUGGUGGGGGAUCCCUCCGUCGCCAAGUCGCAGCUGCUGCGCGCCAUCAUGAACAUCGCGCCGCUCGCCAUUUCGACCACGGGACGCGGCUCCUCGGGCGUCGGUCUCACGGCCGCCGUAACCACAGACUCAGAAACCGGCGAACGACGCCUCGAGGCGGGAGCCAUGGUGUUGGCGGACCGCGGCAUCGUGUGCAUCGACGAGUUCGACAAGAUGAACGAGAUCGACCGCGUGGCGAUCCACGAAGUCAUGGAGCAGCAGACGGUGACCAUCGCCAAGGCGGGCAUCCACACCUCGCUGAAUGCGCGGUGCUCCGUGGUUGCCGCCGCAAACCCCAUCUACGGAACGUACGACCACAACCUGAGUCCGACCAAGAACAUCGGGCUGCCCGACUCGCUGCUCUCGCGUUUCGACCUGCUGUUCAUCGUGCUGGACACAAUGGACCCCGCCAUCGACCGCCGCAUCAGCGACCACGUGCUGCGCAUGCACCGCUACAAGAACCCCACCGACGACGGAGAGGCGACCCCCGCGCGCGGCCCGCUGCGCCACGUGGAGGACAGCGACGAGGAGGAGGAGGCCAAGGUGGACAACACGAUCUUCGUCAAGUACGACCGGCUGCUGCACGGCGACAAGCGGACACGUGGCGCCACGCGGGAGCUCCUGAACGUGCGCUUCCUCAAGAAGUACAUCGGCUACGCCAAGGAGCGCUGGACGCCCACGCUGACGGACGAGGCGGCGCAGAAGAUCUCCGAGAAGUAUUCCGACAUGCGGCAGAACGCAGCGGACCCAGCAAGCGGGACCGCGGCGCGCCAGACGCUGCCCAUCACCGCGCGCACGCUCGAGACGAUGAUCCGGCUGUCCACCGCGCACGCCAAGCUGAAGCAGCAGAACACCGUGACGUCAGCGGACGUGGACGCGGCUCUGGAGGUGCUCGAGUUCGCGAUCCACCACAAGGAGCAGGAGAAGAAGGACGACGGUGCGGAGAAGAAGAAGAAACGCGCGUCGGAGGGCGGGGCGGGCGGGAACGAGGGGGGCGACUCCCCUGGGGGAAAUGGGCGGCGCAAGACUCGCCGCACGGGCACCGCGGACUCCCCGCAGGGGGCUCCCGCGGCAGCGGAAGCGACCCCCCUGAACGCGCCGAUCCCGCCGAGGCGCUCCCCCUCCUUGGCGCAGACAGAGACGCCAGCCGUACCGUCAGCGGAGCAAGAAGGAGUGGACGGACACGUGGAGGAAGGAGAAGAGGAGGACGAGGGGCUCCGCGCAAACGUCGCCCCCCGCUCCCCGGGCGCUGUUCUCGAGGAGGCGGAGCCGGCCGCGGCCCCGGCGCAGGAGGGCGCUGACGUGGUGGACCUGGAGAUGGACAGCGCAGAGGUUGCGGUGCUGGAGCAGGGCAUCAUGAAGAUUUACUAUGACAACCACUUCAGCUCGCUCCCGUGGGAGGACCUCCUGCAGCGCGUCAACGAGCCGCGCAGCGACCACGUCUCCAUGCAGCAGCUGCGCACCGUCUGCCUGGGCCUUCAAGAGAAGAACGUGGGUAUGGUUACCCACGAAGUCUUCUUCAAGUUGUAGAAAGCACCGGCCGAUGUGCCACACCAUAGCGCAAACGUUGUAGAAGUGUUGUUGUUGUUGACGACCCUUUUCGGCCUGGAGGCGGCCUGUACUCGUCAGGAUCUUAAGCCACACGUAAGCAGCAAAGAGUAACCAACGUUCGUUUAAAAUCCUAGAACGCUCAAAGCAUACACUGAAGUUGCUUCAAUGCUAACGUGGCAUGCUACUAAACCGCGACAUGCUGGUCAGUUUAGCUGUAACAACCACGGGCCAGGCGCAACAUGUAGCCUAUCCUUGCCUUGGUCGGAUCGUGAACGUGUCCACCGCACCGGGCAUCUUUCGUUAUAGUUCAGUGCCUGAACAGAAUGUGCCUCUAUUACGGCGCAACCCAAGUUGAACGUUGUGCAUUGCUUUCAACGUCCGAAAUGCGUAUGGUC